CCGGACAAGGAGCGUGCAGCGAUCGACUUCCUUCAUCUGCUAGCUUAAUCUCCAACUCCAAAGACUUUUUUUUUCUCCCUCUAUAUUCAAUCAACAGUUCAAGGAAGAGAUAUUCCUCAACUUCUUUCCAAAGUAAGCGACUCUUUAACAAAAUCUCUUUUCAAAACAACCCCACUAACAAAGGGUUUUCUUCCUCUUUCUCAUUUCUCAUUUUUCUUUUUUUUUUGGGUAUGAUUCUUGUUGAAUUAUUGCUUAAGCAGAAUGGAAGAUUCACCCUUUCUGCGUACAUUUUCACCGACAUUAUGAAAUCAGAUAGAUUGCAUAAAAUAAUGGGUGAUUUAAACAAGAAUUUCCCUUUAUUUUGGUCAAUGAUUUUGAUCUGAAAAAAAAGGAGCUUCAAUUUUUUGUACGGAGGGUGUGAAUUUAGUGUAAGAAAAUGGAACGUAGGAGGAAAAGGGAUGUAUUAUUGAGCAAAUUGUACACAUUUGCAUGUAUGAAACCACGUUUUCAUGAAGAUCAUUCACAAAUUGGGCAAAGGGGUUACGAAAGAGUGGUGCAUUGCAAUGACCCAGAUAACCCAGAAGCCAUUGAGCUAAAUUACAAGGGAAACUAUGUGUCUACCACUAAAUAUACAGCUGUUAAUUUCAUACCUAAAUCGUUGUUUGAGCAAUUUCGGCGCGUUGCGAAUUUGUAUUUCCUUGUUGUAGCUUGUGUAUCAUUUAGUCCCUUGGCACCUUAUGCUGCUGUUAGUAUUGCUUUCCCUUUGGUGGUGGUCAUUGGAGCUACCAUGGCUAAAGAAGCUGUUGAAGAUUGGAGGCGCAAAAAACAGGAUAUUGUGGCCAAUAAUCAGCAAGUUGAGCUUUUUGAUGGUAGAAAUGGAGUCUUUUUUAUAACUAAAUGGAAAAAACUUAGGGUAGGUGAUGUUGUCAAGGUGUGUAAAGAUGAAUAUUUUCCAGCUGAUUUGCUCUUUCUCUCAUCAAACUACGAAGAUGGGAUUUGCUAUGUAGAGACCUCGAAUCUUGAUGGAGAAACUAAUCUAAAGCUGAAGCAUGCUUUGGAAGCUACCUCCUGCUUGCAAGACGAAAGUUCCUUGUGUCAAUUCAAGGCUGUAACCAAGUGUGAGGAUCCUAAUGAAAAUUUGUACUCUUUUAUUGGAACCUUGUAUUGUAAUAGAAAGCAGUAUCCUCUUUCGCCGCAACAACUUCUUCUGCGAGAUUCUAAACUUCGAAAUACUGAUUAUGUUUAUGGUGUGGUGAUUUUCACGGGGCAUGAUACGAAAGUAAUGCAGAAUGCUAUCAACCCUCCAUCGAAGAGGAGUGGGGUUGAAAAACGAUUGGAUAAAAUCAUCUAUAUUCUUUUCAGUUUUCUUAUUGUGAUAGCCUUCACUGGGUCUGUUUUCUUUGGCAUUAUAACUAAGAAGGAUAUCGAUGCUGGAAAGUUGUCAAGAUGGUAUCUUCGACCAGAUGAGACAGCUGUCUUUUAUGACCCCAAAAGAGCACUUUUAGCUGCCUUUCUACAUUUGCUGACUGACCUCAUGCUGUAUGGUUACUUGAUUCCCAUCUCGUUGUAUAUAUCCAUUGAGAUUGUGAAGGUUCUACAGUGUAUUUUCAUAAAUCAGGAUCUGCACAUGUAUUUUGAGGAAACUGACAGACCUGCUCAAGCACGAACAUCUAAUUUGAAUGAGGAACUCGGUCAAGUUCAUACCAUACUAUCAGAUAAGACAGGUACAUUAACAUGCAACUCUAUGGAAUUUAUCAAAUGUUCCAUAGCUGGUAUCACUUAUGGCCAAGGAAUGACAGAAGUAGAGUUUGCUCUAGCAAGAAGGCAAGGUCUACCAAUUUCCUCGUCUGCGCUGUCUGGAGGGGGGGACAGCAUGGCCUCAGAUAGGCCAGUUAAAGGUUUUAAUUUCAAUGAUGAACGCCUCAUGAAUGGAAACUGGGUCAAUGAACCUCAUUCAGAUAUGAUACAGAAAUUUUUUAGGGUGUUGGCAAUCUGCCAUACAGCCAUUCCUGAUGUCCAUGAGGAAACAGGUCAAAUUACUUAUGAAGCUGAAUCACCUGAUGAAGCAGCCUUUGUCAUAGCUGCUAGAGAACUUGGUUUUGAGUUUUUCAGAAGGACGCAGACAAGCAUUUUUUUGCAUGAGUUGGACCACGAGACUGGGCAAAUGGUUGAUAGGGUGUAUGAACUUCUUCAUAUCCUAGAGUUCAGUAGCUCACGCAAAAGAAUGUCUGUAAUUGUCCGUAAUGAAGAAAAGGAGCUUCUACUUUUGUGCAAAGGGGCUGACAGUGUUAUGUUUGAGAGACUAUCUGAAGAAGGACGGUCAUUCGAAGGUGAGACCAAGAUUCAUAUCAACAGUUAUGCUGAGGCAGGUUUAAGAACCUUGAUACUUGCGUAUCGCAAGCUUACUGAAGAAGAGUUGACAGAAUGGGAGAAGGAGUUUCAAAAUGCCAAAACCACUGUAAGUGCUGACCGAGAUGCACUGGUCGAUGCAGCUGCUGGGAAGAUUGAGAAGGAGUUUAUUCUUCUUGGUGCUACAGCUGUUGAGGAUAAACUGCAAAAGGGGGUGCCAGAAUGCAUAGAGAAACUUGCUCAGGCAGGUGUCAGGAUAUGGGUCUUAACUGGUGAUAAGAUGGAAACAGCGAUUAAUAUUGGUUAUGCAUGUAGCCUAUUGAGGCAAGGGAUGAAGCAGAUUGUGAUCUCAUUGGAUUCAUCAGAAAUAAUUUCAGAGGAUAAACGUGGUGACAAUGAAUCCAUUGCAAAGGCCUCCCUGGAGAGUGUAAGGAAGCAGUUAUGUGACGCCAUGUCUCAAAUUAGUCCUGCUAAAGGAACUUCCAGAGAAUUUGGAUUAAUAAUUGAUGGGAAAUCUCUAGCUUUCGCUUUGGAUAAAAAUCUAGAGAAGUCUUUUCUAGAACUUGCAACUCGCUGUGAUUCAGUUAUAUGCUGUCGUUCUUCACCCAAACAGAAAGCACUUGUGGCAAGAUUGGUCAAAGUAGGGACAGGUAAAAUAACAUUGGCAAUCGGUGAUGGAGCAAAUGAUGUUGGCAUGAUUCAGGAGGCCAACAUUGGUGUUGGUAUCAGUGGUGUGGAAGGAAUGCAGGCUGCUAUGUCAAGUGAUUUCAACAUUGCUCAAUUUCGUUUUCUGGAACGCUUAUUGCUUCUGCAUGGUCACUGGUGCUACAGGCGUAUAUCGAUGAUGAUAUGCUAUUACUUCUACAAGAACAUUACAUUUGGGCUAACUCUCUUUUGGUUUGAAACACAUUCUUCUUUCUCUGCCCAACCUGCUUAUAAUGAUUGGUACAUGUCGACGUAUAAUGUCUUUUUCACUUCACUUCCUGUGAUUGCACUUGGUGUAUUUGAUCAGGAUGUUUCUGCAAGGCUUUGCCUCAAGUUUCCUGCUCUGUAUACUGAGGGCAUCAACAACAUUCUCUACAGUUGGCCUCGUAUACUUGGGUGGAUGUCGAAUGGUGUUAUUAGCUCAAUAAUUAUCUUCUUCCUGACCACUAGUUCUCUGAAGCACCAAGCAUUUCGAAGUGAUGGUCAAGUGGUUGACUUUUCAGUAUUGGCAACUACAAUGUACAGUUGUAUAGUCUGGGCUGUCAAUUGUCAAAUGGCACUCUUCAUCACCUACUUCACUUGGAUACAACAUUUCUUCAUAUGGGGAAGUAUUGCCCUGUGGUACAUUUUCCUGCUCAUUUAUGGCACUCUUACUCCUACCUUUUCAAAGACAGCUUAUCUGGUUUUAAUAGAGGUCUGCGCACCUAGUCCUUCAUAUUGGAUAGUUAUUAUCGUCGUCGUCUUCUCCAGUCUUCUUCCUUAUCUUGCUUAUAGAGCUAUCCAGAUGUGGUUUUGGCCGAUUCCCCAUGAUGUCGUUCAGCUGAAAAGGAGUGAAGGUACAGAGGGUGAUUUGAUGAAUGGGACAUAGCAUAUGGAUCAGACAUCAGAGGACCUGGUUAGAAAGGUUGGCAAAGGCAAUAGUUUAGCAUCUUGUUUCAGAAACAUGUAUUAUUUUUUUCCUAUUUUUCGGUUGAUUUACGUAACGUGAUUUGGAGCUCAUUAGGCCUCGGCAUGGAUGAAUAUAGGCUGAGACAUUGAUCUGUUCUGGUAAAAGUGGAGUUGAUAAGGCUGCUAACUGUUGUACAAUGUACAUACAAUACUGGAGGCUUACUGUGAAUAUUUUGGACAUUACCGUACUUAUUUCACAAAGGCAUUCUUCA